CCAGUUCAGACACUCGGAUACGCAAAUCUGAGCAAGUGACCAUAUCGGUCAUGCAAUUGUAUACAUGCUAUAUCGCAUCGCUAUCAAUGCCCACCGAGGCUCGUUCCAUGAUAAGCCGGUAAUGCCGCCGUAGUAGCCCGACAGCGGCCGUCAGAGUCAUCUACCAAAUCAUCUUUUGAUUCUUUUCUGUACACACAUCUUUCUUGUUUGAUUUCACUAUAUGCAUAAUGGCGACUAAGCACCUCGCUGUCUUCUUUGACGAUGUUGUACAGGCUUCUGCUUUAGUAGCCAAAUCAUCAUGGGAGCGUGCUAUGACGGCUUGGCUAUAUGUGCCCCUAGGUGUUACAUGUAUCCUCGCAGUAUGCUUCGGUGUCCAUUCAUUGAUCUCCUUAAGCUCUGUAUCGUUUCCAGCUUCCGUGGCCUGUAUGAUCGGUUUGUUCCUCAUCUUGGUCCUUUUCCAAGGUACACUAGGUGAUCGCAAGACUAAACAGAUAGUAAAUCUGAUUGAGAUUCCUUGCGGAUUUGCCCUACGAUAUAUCAACAUCUUCUUCUGUCCUGCAUUCGUUACCUUGCCUCUCAGUCCCUCUAUAAGUGGUGUAGAAGUCGCCAAGAUCAUAGCUGUCUUCAUCAUCGGAUAUGUUGCCGUUUUUGCUUUCACAGCAUACAUGGUCCGCGGUCUUCAGCUCGUACUCGGGACGUCCAAACGUGCCAUGACAGAGCGGGCUGAAGAGCUUGGUCGUCAAGACGACAACAUCCCACUGACACAGACGAGGCACGAUUCAAGCGCCAGCGAGGUGCCUACUGUCCAGUCUCUUUCGACUCAAAUUGCCGCAGACGAAUCUAGUCCUUCUCCCCCAAAUGGACUCGCUGAUAUACAGGCACCCUCCAAGGCUAUGAACCCAGACUCCGUGACCGGGACUGGUGGACCACCUGUAGCCAGCAACACCACAGCAUCCUCGAGGAUCAACGUUCCAAUUCGGCAUGAUGCUGCUCCUUUGACACGUCCUCAACGCUGGGCUGCUUUUGUCAGUGUGAACUUCGAUAUGUUGACAUACGGAGCAUUGUUUCUGUUCGUCGGUGUUCCCAUAUAUUACGGAGUUGGAUAUGCUAUGCCGGUACAACUCUCUUUGAACGUUGUUCUCUACUUCGCCGCCCUACGUCUGCCACCCAAAUACAGAACAUAUCUACAUCCAGUAUUGGUCUCUUCCGCGUUCACAAUUCUCGGCAUCUGGAUUCUUGCACUGAUCCGACAAAACAGCCUCAAGGAUGGCUUAAGGGCAUACACCACGAACACAAAGUAUACACAGCUCUGGGAUAACGAUCAAGGUUUGCAGCCUCCGGGAGCAGGAGAUAUGUUUGGCAGUGUCCUUGACGUCAGCAUCGUUGCACUCAGUCUUCCCAUGUACAGAUAUCGAAACGAGCUCAAAGCUCGCUUCAUGACUAUCAUCGUGCCCAACGUGGUCGUCUCUAUCGGGUCAUUGUUCGCAUAUCCGAUAUUCUGCUACCACAUUGGCAUUUCGGCUCCGCGAGGUCUCGCAUUUGCUUCUCGAAGUCUGACACUUGCUCUUGCAACACCGGCUACUAAAAACUUGGGCGGUGAUUCGUUCACUGUCGCACCUCUAUGCAUCUUCAGUGGCAUUGCCGGUGUUGUUGUCGGCCCGCUCGGACUGGACUUACUUAGAAUCCCGAAAGACGAUUACAUCACGCGAGGUAUCACUCUGGGAGCUAACUCCUCCGCCGUAGCCACAGCCCUGUUGUUGACUACUGAUCCCAGAGCAGCUGCAUUCUCAAGUCUGAGUAUGGGACUGUUAGGCACGAUAACCGUCGCACUCACUAGUGUUCCACCGCUCGUGAGUAUAAUUCGUAAUCUGGUAGGCAUGGCAUAGAAAGGACACUAGCACAGAAAGGACAAUUUGCCAAGUCAGUUUGACGAGCCUGUGACCCUGGCAGACUCUAUCUUGAGCAACAUACAAACUCUCUGAGCCUGUAUGGGCGUCCAAAAGAUUACUAUAACUUUGGAAGAAGCGUAACUAUAAGCUAUGUUAUUUACUUGUUAACAUUACACUUCCUGCU